CUCUAGGAAAAUUUAUCAUAUUGGCAACAAAUAGUACUUAUUCCUCAGUUUACUUCACAGCAUUCGAAACCAUUUAAGAAGGUAAUUGCGUUUUAUAUUUACCUCAAAACCGAUCAUAAUGUCAAGAAAACGCAAAUUAUUAAGUAUAAGUGAAAGGUGUCGUAUUUGCCUCGUUGAACAUGGUUGCAUGAGUAAUUUAUUCGAUGAAAAUGUGCAAUCAAAACUGGAUGAUCUAAGUAAAUGCACUUCCAUCAAUAUUAAGGAUGAAAAUGGUUUGCCGGAUAUUAUUUGCCAUGCAUGUCUUUAUAAAUUAGAUAUAUGGAAUGAAUUCAAAGAGCAAUUCAUAAGAUCCAAUCAAAUGCUAUUGAGUCAAUUAGAAAUUGUUGAAACUUCAAAUGAUAAGAAUUCAGAAUUUAAGAAAGCAUAUGGCGAUUUAGAUCAAAGUGGAGAAAACAGUCUGUCUGAUGCUUCUGAUAAGAAGAAAUCAAAAUCAGAAGUCCCUCCACUGAUACCACUAGACUUUGCAAACAAAGAUAGUGUAGUUGAUCAAAUAAUGCUCAAUGAGAUGUACGUAUCAGAAGAUGAUGUCACAUCAUCUAAAGAUUCCUCACAGAGAGCUCAUGACAAAGAUAACGUAGAAGCAAAGUCAUCCCAGGUUUUGAGUAAGGUUAAAAUCUUUAUGGCAAGGCGUAACAGAACAUUGGAACAAAGGAAGGCAUCAACACAGAGAUGGGUUGAGAGGAAAAAAGCUCUUUUAGCUGCAACAGGAGAAAGUGUUUCAGACACAGAUUCUAUGACAUCAGAUGAUAUUCAAUUGACACCAGUGCAGAAAGCAAGAGCAAAAACAAAUUUGGAUAAAGAAACUGAGAAGCAGAAGAGAUUAGCAAGAGCUCUAAAGAAUUUAGAAAUUGAUAUGGUAGAUAAUUGUAGUAUAAAAAAUAAAAAUGGUUUUAUGAGUGUGGACACUGAUUCUGAUACACGCAGAACACGGUCCUUCAAAGAUGUUAAUUCUGAUACUUCAUGUAAAAAUAAUUCCUUGAAAGGGGAGGUGAAAAAUGAUUCCAAGGAGAAGGAAAAUUCUCCGAGAGUAAUGUCAUUGAAGAUAGGCGAAAUAGAAAUCGCCGAGGAUUCAUUUAAGUCCUCUUCAUUGAAAUCAGAAUUGAAGAUUGGAGGUACUACAUAUAUUGUCACUUCUACGCUCACAGAGUCUCAUUACCUAAACAAAGCAAAUCUGAACAGUCUCUUAAAGGAAUGCAAAAAUGGAAGUAGCGAACAGAAUCUUAGAGAGAAGAAUACUGAUAUCAUUGAUGCUGUGCAGCUUCGUAGAAUAAAUCCAAUUCCAACAGAUUCCACUGAUAAAAAGUGUAUUGAAAGGUGCUUGAAUAUUGAAAUAGAAGGAACAGAAAUAGAAGUCUUAAAAAGGGUACAAGUUGAAUUGGCAGAUUUCGUAAAGAAAGAAAUGAAACAGAGAUUAAUUGGUACGAAUAUUGAUAAGAAAACAAGGAACAUUUGCCAAAAUUCACAUAACACUUUAGACCAGCAGUUGAAGAGUAUUGUAGAAAAAACUAUAAAGAAAAAUUUUGAAUCUUCCGUGAUGAGAAGCUGUGAUGCUCCUCAGACUCCUGGGAGGGUUUCGCCCACAUUUAUACAGGAAGUAAUGAAUUCUCAAAAAUACCAACCAAAAGUUGUAUUGAAACGUUUAGAUAUAAUGAAAGAAAGUAAGCUACGCAAUAUCAAUAACAUGCACCUUGCAAUAAAACGUACAGUUAAGGGUAAGCUUGGUGGACCAUUCAGUAUGGUUUCACAUAAGCGUCAGAGUGUUCCGCCGAUAAGGUAUAAUGAUUACAAUACUUCUCCAUUGGACUCUGAUUCUAAUUUAUCAGAAGAAACAGGAACGUCUGGAAUAGAAAAUAAUCAUAAUGUACAAAAAUCACAAAAUAGUAAUGUGGCAAAGCACAUAGAACAACUUAAUGAACAGCGAAUGGAUCGGCAAGAAAAUGUAUGCAAAAUAAAUUCAUCGAGCAGUGAAAAACAUGUAUGCGGUGUAUGUCAAGAGUCAUUUAAUAAUUAUAACGAUGCUGCGACUCAUAUUCGUACACACAAAACAGACACCAUAUCAAAAUCUAAUAAGCAUAAGAUGAUGCGAUGUAAAAGAUGUCAUGAGAUAGUAGAAGCGAGGUUUGUCAAGGCUCAUAUUUGUAAAUCUACGAAACACGUUCAUAAAUGUUACGUGUGUAAUUCUACGUUCCGAACUGAGAAACUUUUGGUGCGUCAUUUGGAAAACCAUGAUCAGUCUGAAUUUAAUAUAGAGAACAUAACAAAAGGAGAUUCUCAGAAGUUGAAUGCAUUAAAUUCUAAAUCUAAGAAUCAAGUUUCGAAAGAAGAAAAUAAUAUAAAAUUGGAUAAAGGAUUGAAGGAAAAUGCUAUGUCAGAAAGCGAAAGGCCAAAGAAGACGUACACAUGUUUUGUAUGCGAUAAAAUAUUUACAGAUGAAGAAAUAUUGAAAGACCAUUUACAGAAACAUUGUGAUGACAUGAGCGAAGGCGAUCAGAGUCCUGGUAAAGAGCAGUACCAGUGUGCGAUUUGUGGAGAUUCUUUAGAUUCUGAAGACGCUCUGGAAGCACACGUUGAAAAACAUUUGUUCGACGAAGAAGAUGAUAAUCCCAAUCUCAUUAACAUCGCUAAUGAAAAUGAAAAAUCGAAGGAUGAAAUUUAUCAGUGUGUACAGUGUUCAGAGACAUUCAAUUCAGAAAUGUUGUUAGAAAUGCAUAUGCAAGCUCACGAAGAAGAAGUUGCGAUAGCAGAAUGGGAAAAGCAGGGAAUAAAGACCUAUGAGUUUCAAUGCGUGAUAUGCGAUGAACUUCUUGAAACUGAAGAAGAUUUAACAGAACAUUUAAAUAUACAUAAUAGUGAUGGGCAUGUUUGUCAAUUAUGUGACAAACCGUUUUCAAGUUUAGAAGAUUUACAGAAUCAUGUUGCGACACAUUAAUGCAAUUUUGCAAUUCGUUGAAAACAUACAGAUUGUAUUAAGCAACAUAAUUGCUAUAUUAACACGUUCAUGUAUCAUUCACUACUCUUUGAUUUUGUAUUUAAAAAGCAUCUUUUUAAAUUUAAAUAAUAUGAUACAUGUAAAUACCAGUAUGUAAGUAUAUACAGGUUGUUCUCAUUUUAGUUAUUAAACUUUAUUGCACUUACUUGACUUUGUAUCUGCAUAUCUAGGUAGGUAUAGCUUACAAAUGAUAAACAUAAAGAUGGUAUGUAAAGUAUAUACGAGGAUUUUUUUUUUCAUUUCAAUAAUAAUUUUGUUAUCAUACAAUGUUUUUUUAGAAAGAAUUAGUUCUUCAAUAAUUUAAUAUUUCAUAUCUAUAUAUGAGUAUAUUAAGUUGAUGUAUACAUACAUAAUAAAACAUUGUUUCCUGAUAAAUAUAAAUUAAUUAUGCAUAAAGUACGGCUUUAUUUUAAACAAAAUACGAGUUGUAAUAUAAAAUAUGCUAGAGAAUAGAAUUGAUAAAUAAACAUUCGUAUAUAAAUCUUAAUGUGUUUUGUUCUAUGGAAUCUAAAUCAUGUAUGUUACACACUAUGCAAAUAAUAUACAUAUUUUUUAUACGA